AUGUCUCCGCUGCGCUGGGGCGCUUGGCUGCUGCUGCUCGCCGGCCCCGCAGCCUCCACCGCCAGCCCGGCAGACGAGAGCGGCGGGGCGCGGGGCGGGGGCCGCGGGGACGGGGAACGUGGGGCCGGGGACGAGCCGCAGCGGCAGCACCACGACUCCUCGUACGGCACCUUCGCCAGCGAGUUCUACGACCUGCGCUACCUCCGAGGAGGGGAAUACAACCUUGUCUCUCCUAGAGCACGCUCAAGUGUUAUCCUCUUGGAUACACAGCCUUUCAGGCUAAAUGUGCCAAGUUACCCUUUCCCUACCGCUCCUCCUGUGGAUCCAUUUGCAAAAAUUAGAGUGGAUGAUUGUGGAAAAACCAAGGGAUGCUUUAGGUAUGGUAAACCUGGAUGUAAUGCCGAGACUUGUGACUACUUUCUCAGUUAUCGUAGAAUAGGAGCCGAUGUCGAGUUCGAGUUGAGUGCUGACACUGAUGGCUGGGUGGCAGUAGGAUUUUCUUCAGACAAGAAAAUGGGCGGAGAUGACGUUAUGGCUUGUGUUCAUGAUGAUAAUGGAAGGGUCCGAAUACAGCACUUUUAUAAUGUUGGUCAGUGGGCUAAAGAGAUCCAGCGAAAUCCAGCUAGAGAUGAAGAAGGGAUUUUUGAAAACAACCGUGUGACUUGUCGAUUUAAACGUCCUGUGUAUGUUCCCAGAGAUGAAACUAUUGUAGAUCUUCACUUGAGCUGGUACUAUUUGUUUGCUUGGGGUCCAGCAAUUCAGGGUUCUAUAACUCGGCAUGACAUAGACUCACCGCCUGUAUCAGAGCGUGUUGUCAGUAUUUACAAGUAUGAAGACAUUUUUAUGCCAUCAGCUGCCUAUCAAACCUUUUCUUCUCCAUUCUGUUUGCUUCUUAUUGUUGCACUGACCUUUUAUUUAUUGAUGGGAACCCCAUGAUCACAGCUGGAUAUAUAUGGAAGAUUGUGAGAAUUUGUUAGUGAGAGUUCCUCAGGAUGGAUGCAUUUUCUGUUGGAAUUCAUAUCACAUCGUCUAGCUGCUUUGUUGACAAUUUCAUCUUCUCAGCAAGGAAAUAACCUCUCCUUUGAGCAGUAAAGGUGUGCCAAAUAAUUAAGAAUAAUCAAGGAGCAAGUAACAAACCAUUUCCAGUGUAACUACUAGUUGUUUAAUGAAAAAUACUUUUGUAAAGUGUGUGUGUGUGUGUGUGUGUGUGUGUAUGUUGGGGGAAUUUAGUAAUGGACAUGUAGAAUCAAAUUAUUUAAUACACAGUUUCCUUCAAGAAAUAAAAGUUGGGGAAAUAUUGUCUGUUAAAUACUUGUGGUGCAGAUAGCACACCUGUUUCUGAACUCAGAGUCAGGGUAAUGUCACAGCACUGAUGUUUAAUAAGGACUGCUUUGUGAUAAUAGGCUUUCAUCUCCCAAAAUACUUCGAAUUUGACAAAAGCAACUCACAGGCCUAAAUGGUUCUGGUGCUUUCCGAAACCAGAAAAUGCUUCACGUUCCCAGUACAAACAAAAUUAAACUUUCCAUUACAGAAUUCUAAUAAUUGUCUGUACUAUACAAAUAAUUCUUAGACACAGCCAUACUUAAGAAGCUUUUUAUUAAUGAGAGAUGAUGGUAAAUAAACAAGGAAAAAGAAAAUUAAUGCUGGUAUAAAUUCUUCAUGAUACAGAAAAAUUCCUAAAAAUAUAGAAGCCCCUGCAAGCCAUAAGACAUCUUCCAAUAGGCAAAGUAUGUUUCUUUUUUUAUGAAAAAAUGUUACUUAGAUGUAAAUGUCUUUUAAACAGCUGUUUUGCAGUAACCCUAAGGUGUCUGUUCUCACCUUGCUAUGUGCCCUACAUCCCGUUCAUGUUAAAGAUGAGAAGCAGCAGCAGCUCAUUGCAGAGCAAUGCAAACAUGAUCUAUGGUACUAAUACGGGAAUAAAUAAAAAGAGCCUUAAUUUCAGUUCCAUCAGAACCAUAGGUAAAAUCAUAUUUAUCCAGUGAGGAAAAGGACAAUUCAAGCAUGACAAUAGAUGUGAAUUUUUUAUCCUUAAAAGAAGUAUUACAAAAAUGGAAAGAAAAUAGUUAAGUGUUACUGGAAAUGGGAGUUGCAGAAAUGUAUCAAAUGGUAAAUAGAUCACAACUUAUUCUAAAAUGUUUUGGGUUGUUGCUGUACAUUUUCACUGUUUACAUGAUAGGGAAUUUAAGAUUACCUUAAGAUGGGAAGCAGCUGUCUCUUUAAAUACCUGAUCUUGCAGAUAACACACACAAAUCUUCC